AUGGCAGCACAGUUCACAGGACAUAAAGACUCUGGAAGGGCCAAGACAAAGGAGGUUUCCUGCUCGUAGUGAGCGGGCUUGCAGUUCCCUGUGGGCCUUAUUCAUCAGCACCCGAAAUCUAGGACAAUCAGCCAAGGAUGUGUGGGCAGGACCGCUGCUGUGUACAGCGCAGCCAUCCUGGAGUACCUCACCCCAGAGGUACUUGAGUUGGCAGGAAAUGCAUCAAAAGACUUAAAGCUAAAGCGGAUUACCCCUUGCCACUUGCAACGUGCUAUACGUGGAGAUGAAGAAUUAGAUUCUCUGAGCAAGUCUAGAAUUGCUGCUGGUGGUGUCAUCCCACACAUCCACAAACCGCUGAUUGGGAAGAAAGGACAGCAGAAGACUGUCUAAGGAUGC